GGCUCACCCGGAGCUCGCGGGCCUUCCAGGAAGAUGUCGGACAAGCUGCGCAGAUGCCGCAAGGAGCUGGCGGCGGCCAUCGACCGGGCCUUCGAGGGCGUCCGGCUCUCCCAGGCGCACGGGCUGCUGUGCCGGCCGCCCCCGCCGCCCGCCGGCCCCUGCGCGCCCUUCGCCCCCGAGAACGAGGGCCCGGCCCCCGGCAGCGCCCAGCCGGCCCCGAGCGCCCCCAGGAGGCCCCUGGCCAGCAGGGAGAACGUGCUGGGCCGCCCGGCCGACCGGCCGCCCUGGAGCCCGGAGCCCGGGGAGAGCGGGCGGAGAGACGGCCUCAGGGUGAACGGCUGGCCUCGCCCUUACUCUGCUCCCCGCCCAACCCAGAGCCUCUCGACUCGCCCAGGGGGAGGGUCUCCCAGGGCCUUCUCUUCCCCGGAGCGCCCCACUGCCUGGCCCCGCACCGAGCUGGACGCUGCCGUCCUGGCUGCCAUGUGGGCGGAGGUGAAGGAGCCGUUGAACUGGCUCCGCUCUUCAAGUCGUCAGUCGGCCCCACUGAUGGAGUCACUUCCCGUUGUCCUCUAAUCACAGCCUAAAUGACAAGAAACAGUUGCCAGUACGUUUUGUGUCUUAACAUUACCUAACACCCCGUCAAUAUUUUAUUGAAAGAGCCCGGCCGGCGUGGCUCCGUGGUUGAGCAUCGACCUAUGGACCAGGAAGUCACGAUUGAUUCCCAGUCGGGGCACAGGCCCGGGUUGUGGGCUCGAUCCCCAGUUGGGGGCGUGCAGGAGGCAGCCGAUGAAUGAUUCCCAUCUCUGAUGUUUCUCACUCCCCCCUCCCCUAAAAUCAAUAAAAAUACUUUUUUUUAAAAAGGACAUUAAAAAACUAAAAAAAUAUAUUUUUCUUGAAAGAGGCUCUGAUUCCCCACCUUUUCCUUUCACC